CCUCCUCCUCGCUGUCCCCUUCCCCAGGCGGCGGGACCGGAGGACGACGUGGGACUGCAGGUGCCGGCAGUCAAAGCAGGCGCGGUGGGGGUGGAGGUGGCAGCAGCGCUCGGCGCCCCCCUGGUGGUGACGCUGCUGCUGCUGUCGAGCCGUGUCCCGGCUGGCCGCUGGUGGCGGGUCUGGGGGCCUCCCUGGAUGACCUCUACCGGCGGAGCAAGGAGGUCCUGCGGAAGGUCAAACCCUACAAGCCGCUCGCUUGCGAGGACCCCUCCCUGCAGCUGCUGCCCCGCCUGCGCUCCCUGACCCUCCGCCUGCUGGCCGCCCUCGCAGAGGCUGCGGAGGCGGUGGGCGCAGCGGCGGGGGCGGCGCUACGGGGCCUGGGUCGCCUAGACGGCAGGGGGUUGGGCAGCAGCGGCAGCGGCGGCAUGGGGAGCAGCGGCAUGGGUUCCGGAGCAGCCCGGGGCGAGGGGGAGGUACGGGAGGGCGAACGGGUUGUACGGCGGCUGCUUGAUGCGGUGGACCACCUGGCUAGGAAGAUUGGGGACGAGCUGGGGGCAGGUGGAGGAGGAGGUGGAGGAGGGAGGGAUGAGGUGGCGGUGGCGGCGGGGGAGCUGUUGGAGCGGUGUCAGUCGGUGUCUCUGCAGCUGGCGUUGAGCGGGCUGCGGGCGGCUGCGGUGGCGGCGCCGGUGCUGCUUCGGCGAGAGGCGCUGGACCCGCACUCGUUCGCGCAUGAGAAGAGCAGCCAGGCUAAGCGGCUGGCAGCACUCUGGGACGAGGCGGCUAAGCUGACUGACCGCAUCGGUCGCCGCUACCCGCGCCACCGCCUCGCACUGUACGGCGAGCUGUGUGAGGUGUACGGCGGGGCGAGCCGGCUGGCACUGGAGAUGAUGGCGGGGGCGGCGGGGACGGAGGCGCUGCGGGGAGCUGGAGGAGGAGGAGGCGAGGAGGAGGAGGAGGAUAGCGAAGACGAGGCGUACGAGGGGACAGCCGCCGGCUCCACUGACGACGGCGGCAGCAGCGGCUUCCCCGGCGGCGCCUUCAGCGGCCCCUCCACUCGCGACAGCGACGUACGAAUGGCAUUCGGACUCGGAGGCAGCAGCGGCGGCGGCGGCGGCAACAGCAUCGCCAGCGUCUGGGGCAGCGGCGCCGCCGCGACGGCGGCCUGGGGUGGCGGAGGCGGAGGCGUCAGGGCGGGGCUGAGGGGAGGUGGUCAGUACGGCAACCGCGGCGGCGGCGGAUGUGGGGUGACGGAGCAGGACAUCCAGGCUCAGGCCUGGGUGCCGGCGCUGCUGCAGGUGCUGCUGAACCGCGCCUCGGACGCGCACCGGCACCUACGCAACGAGCUGGCGUCAGCGGAGGCGGCACGGGGAGGUGCAGCGCUGUCGGGCCCGGAGGACGAGUACGGCAGUUCGGUGCAACAGCCGCUGAUGCUGGCGGCUGGGUUGGCCCCUGCUGGCAGCCUCGGCGGCAGCCGAAACCGGGGUGCUACUGGCGGGGUGUUGUGGGUGGCCAUGAGCGAGGGUGCGGUGGAGGCGCUGUGGGGGCUGCUGGAUGAGAUGCAGCAGAGCUUUGCGGAGCUGGCGGUGGAUAACCUGAGGCGCACCGCGGCGCUGUGUGCAGCCGGCACCCAUGAGACACUGGCGGUGUGGGCCCUGGAGUCCGCGCGCGACAGUGCCGAGUCCGCCCUUCGCUUCAUACACACCCACGAGCACUCCUCCCUCGCACUGGGGGACCUCCUGGAGAUGGAGGCCGAGCUGGGGGAGGACACGCGCGCAUGGCUGCAGCUGACGUGGCAAAGCAUCACGAGCCUUACCACGCGGGUGGUUAACGGGUUGUUGGCGAUACGGCGGAGGAUUAAUGUACGGCGGUGGGUGCGGCGGCGGGGUACGGACGCGGGAGGCCGCCAGCGGGGCCGGCAGGGAUGUCAUACGGCUCUGGGCCGUCGGCACCGGGACGACAUCCAGCUUAUCGUCAUCAGCAGCAGAUUGGAGGGCCGGCGGCGGGCAGUCGAAGAGCCGGCAUUGCAGUUGGGGCUGCAGCGGCAGCGGUGGCGGGGGGAGCUCGUACGGCGGCGGCGGCGGCGGCGGGAAGAGGAGGCCUGUCGCGGGCUCUGGGAGCCGGGAGGCGGCAACCGCAACAGCAGCAGAAACAGCAGCAGCAGCAGUCGCAGCACCGAGGCCCGUUGAUACCGAACGGCGCCGCCGUCGCCGCUGCCGUUGGGAUUCCUUUGGCGUCUGCGGCAGCGGCGGCGACGACGGCGGCAACACACCCACCGGAGUCGGUACAAGCAUGUACGGAAAUCGGCGCCGCCGGUGCCUCCGGUUGGAAGGCCGCCCUCCUCACCGCGCCGCCGGCACCGCUGCCGCCGCUGGCGCCGUCACAUCCCUCUGCGGCGGCGGGCCCGGGACGGCCGCCGCCGUCAGCGGGAGCGGCCGCCGCUGCCGCUGAUCCCUCGGCGGUUGGGACCGCCGGCGGGUUGUACGGCAGCAGCCCCCCCACCGCAGGUCAGCCACCUGGUCAGCGCCGGCCGCCGCCUGCAGCCCCCCAGCAUGUAGGUUCGCAGCGGCUGACGCCCCGCGGGUUUGGCGGGAGAGGCCGGGGGCGCGGCCGCUUGUUCGGUCGCGGCGGCCGACCCGCCGCCGUCGCCGCUGUUCGCGGUACGGACAGCGACGGAGGUGGACUUUGCAACGCCGACGUUGAUGGGAAUGACACCGCUGCUGCCGCGCGGGAUCAAUGGCCGCUGCCGUCGCUGCCGCCGCCGUCGCAGCAGCAGCGGAGGCGGCAUGGAGCAGGGAGCUCAGACGGCGGCGACGGCGCCGAUUGCCCUGUUCCGGCGGCCCCAGCGGCAGCGGCAGCACCAGCGCCACCGGUGGCGGUCCCGCCGGCGGCGGCGGCUCCGCCAGCCGCUAGCACUUUGUCGUACGCUUCCGUUGCUCGCGGCGGCAGCAGCGGCCUGCCUGCGUCGGUUGCCGCCGCCGCCAUCAGUGCAUUAGCUCGGCAAACGGCGGUGGCGGCGCAGCCUGCUCUUCCAGCCGCCGAAGCUGCGAUACUUGUCGGAACCAUGCCGCUGCCGCCGCCGGCGACGUCGACGGCGGCGGCAGCGGCGACAGCGGUUACCACUCCCGUGGGAGGACCCGUCGGCGGCGGCAUCAGCGUUACGACGUAUCGCUCGCCCUUCGCCACCGCAGUCGCCGCUAACCGCGCCGCCGCCGCGGCGCCGGCGGCUCCCAGCCUCGUCACCGUCCCCCCUCCGUCGCCCUUCGCCGCUGCAGCUCAGCGCGGCCCCGCUGCCGCCUCGCCGCCUCAAUCGCCGUCAGCCCAGCAGCAAACGCCGCAGCAUCCCUCGGUGUCCCCGACCUCGCCUCGGGUCCCGCUGGAGCUAACCGCCCGCGGGGCGGCGGCGGCGGCUCCGGAUGCCCAUGCGGCUGCUCAGCAAGUUUCAGCAGCGGCGGCGGCGGCGGCCACUAGAAGCGUCGCCAUGACCGGCGGUGGCGGUAACGUGGGGGGCAUCUGCUUCCGCGCCCAACUCACCUGUCCGGACAACGGCGGCAGCGGCGGCAGCGGCGGUAGCGGCGGCGCGCUGACCCCCCGUCUCAGCAGCCCUCAUGGUUCCGGCGCCGUCGUACCCUCCGCUGCAACCGCCGCCGGCACUGGGGUUACAGCCAACGGCGGCGGCGGCGGUCCUCACCAUCCGUCGGCGGCGGCGGCGGCGGCACCGCUGCAUGCACGUCCCGGUACCGGCGAGCAGUCCCCUAGCGCUGGCUUGGUGUCUACCGCUGUGACGGCAUGCCGUGCCCCCUCCCUCACACCCCAGCUCUCCCUCGGUACCGGAGGCGCCUUACCUGCAGCAACUGCGCCGGCAGUAGUAGCAGUAGCAGUAG